AUGCACCAGGUUCUAGAGAAGGACCAAGGGCACACUACAGAAGACUGCAAGAAUUUAUGGGACCAUUUGGACCAGCUAGUCCGAGAAGGGAAGCUGAAACACCUGUUGCACCACACCAAUAGCCGAGGGGGUCAAACAAAUUCGGAACCUAAGAGAGAUGAUUCUUCGAGGCCACCUUUGGGAAUGAUCAAUGUCAUCUUCGCUGCUCUCGGUAGGACCGGUUCUUGCCCUUCUAGAGUAAUGUUCGUAGCUCGGCUUCCUGCCGAGAGCUCCAAUCCAAAGCCUAAAAGGGCCAGGGUGGAAAUCCUACUAGUUCUGGGCUUUUUGGACGAAGACAAGAUCAGAAUCAUCCAACCCCAUGAUGAUGCUCUGGUGGUCACAUUUAGAAUAGAAGGGUACGAUGUAAAGAGAGUGUUAGUAGACCAGGGUAGCGCUAUCGAGGUCAUGUACCCUGACCUGUACAAGGGGUUGGGAUUGAAACCCGAGGACCUGACAACCUACAAUUCCCCUCUGAUUAGUUUCGAGGGGAAGACUGUUAUUCCAAAGGGCCAGAUUAGACUACCCUUACAGACUAGUUCAGAGGUGGUGGAGGUGAACUUCAUCAUGGUGGAUGUCUACUCCCCCUACACGGCUAUUGUGGCAAAGCCCUGGCUCCAUGCUCUGGAAGCCAUUUCAUCCACCCUGCACCAAAAAGUGAAAUACCCCUCAGGGGGCCGUGUUGAAGAGAUUGUGGGGGACCAACCUGUGGCUCGGCAAUGCCUUGUGGCCGCCAUCUCACGGCAGCACGAAGCUAGUUCCUCGACUACCGCCGAAAGGGGCUUAUAG